UUUUCCGUAAUUGAGAUGAAGCCACAGGGACGAAAUCUGUAAUCAACUCAAUGUUUUUUAUUUGAAUGCUUUUGUGGCUAAUUUAGAAUUAUUGGGAAAUUGAGUGGUUAAACUAUAAAAGAGAUCUUCUUUUUGGGUGGGAGCGAAGGGGUGUUACUUCCUUCUCUCCCAAGGCAUCUCUAUUUUUCGCUAUUCAUUGUUCUUUACACUACACAAUUAAACUCUGCGGCAACAGUUUUCUUCUCCGAUCCCGAUAACUAACUUCGUCCCUCUAAGCUUCGAGAUGUCAUCAUCAUAUCUUCCAGCCACAACCGAGUCACUUGACAUGGCUUCAGAAGCCAAAAACCGAUCAGAGGCUAUCACCAUUCUUUAUCAGAUCUUAGAUAACCCAGCUGCUUUUUCUGAAGCGCUACGGGUCAAGGAGCAGGCAAUUGCUAAAUUGUCUGAUCUUCUCAGGGAAGAAGGUAGAGGAGAGGAUCUCCGUGGUCUUUUGACCAUGUUGAGGUCCUUCUUUUCACUGAUUCCAAAGGCCAAAACUGCAAAAAUAGUAAGGGGUAUCAUUGACUCUGUUGCAAAGAUACCAAACACCACUGAUCUUCAGAUAUCACUUUGCAAAGAAAUGGUGGAGUGGGCCCGUUCUGAGAAGCGUACAUUCUUGAGGCAGCGUGUCGAGGCCAGGCUUGCUGCUUUGUUGAUGGACAGCAAGGAGUACUCGGAAGCUCUCACCCUUCUUUCUGGAUUGGUAAAAGAGGUCAGAAGAUUGGAUGACAAACUGCUCCUUGUCGAUAUUGACUUGUUAGAAAGCAAAUUGCACUUCUCGUUGCGAAAUCUCCCCAAAGCAAAAGCUGCACUCACGGCUGCUAGAACAGCUGCAAACGCGAUCUAUGUUCCUCCAGCUCAACAAGGUACCAUAGAUUUACAGAGUGGAAUUCUCCAUGCCGAGGAGAAAGAUUAUAAAACUGCCUACAGUUACUUCUUUGAAGCAUUUGAAGCAUUCAAUGCUCUUGAUGAUCCCAGAGYAGUUUACAGUCUCAAAUAUAUGCUGCUAUGCAAAAUCAUGGUGAACCAGGCUGAUGAUGUAGCUGGAAUAAUCUCUUCGAAAGCUUUGAAAUUCUUAGGGCCAGAACUUGAUGCAAUGAAAGCUGUUGCCGAUGCUUAUUCGAAGAGGUCAUUGAAGUUGUUUGAAAUCGCCCUUCAGGAUUUCAAGGCUCAGUUAGACGAAGACCCUAUUGUCCAUAGACACCUUUCCUCGCUUUAUGACACGCUGUUGGAGCAAAACUUGUGCAGAUUGAUUGAACCGUUUUCAAGGGUGGAGAUCGCUCACAUUGCUGGACUCAUUGAGCUUCCAGUGGAGCAUGUGGAGAAGAAACUGUCUCAGAUGAUAUUGGACAAGAAGUUUGCUGGAACCCUGGAUCAGGGCGUUGGGUGUCUCAUCAUCUUUGACAAUCCAAAGGCAGAUGCGAUCUAUCCUUCAACACUCGAGACCAUUGAAAACAUGGGCAAGGUUGUCGAUAGCUUGUUCAUGAGAUCAGCCAAGAUAAUGGCGUGAGCGGAUUCCCUGGUUAUGAAAUAUGUAUGCAUGAAAGCUUUUGUUGAAGCGUGUGGAAAUACUAAGGAUGCGAAAGCUUGUUAUUGGUGGGAAACCUGUUUCGAUGUAUGUAAUUCAAUCAGAAUGAUUUGUCAUCAUAUAGUACAAAUUUAUAUUGCGCAUACAACAGAAACAAGAGCUCUUAUUGAUACGUAUAAUUUUAGAAUGGUUUAUGUAUGAAAUCUACUUUCAUGAUGCUACAUGUAUGCAUUGUUGUUGAAAGUGUAUGAUUUUUGACAUUUUAAACCAAAGUUGGAGAAUUAAUAAAUAUGUUUGUUGUUCAACAUCAUAUAUAUAUAUUGGAACACGGUAAAAUAUGUUAUUGUUUUAUUGGGUGUUGUUUGGUAA